UAUAGCCGCUGCGUGCAAGGGAGCCAACCAAAAGGUCCCUCAAAGCCCAUUCCCAUCUCCUUCCCAACCCCACUCACUCACUCACCGCAACCCAUCGACCGCAAAACUCCAAAAAAAGAUCGCCAAACGCACGGCGCCUCCACUGUCGCCGUCUUCGCCUCUCUCCACGCAGUUUCAGGACUCGUCUGAAGGGGGGGGGGGGUUGUUGUUCGUGUGGGUGGUUGGUGGUGGGCACUGUCCCCUGAACUUGUCUCUGUCUCUCACAUCUAGCUUCGGAGCUCUUCGACUUUUACGUUUCCAGCCGGCAAAAAUUCCGAAACGUCAGCUGCUGGCUUGAAUGAGCGGUCACUCGGAGAGCAGAAGCCUCAAGUUAUCUGCGCCGAUCGUCGGAUGAAUGACUUUAAAUCCCGGUCGUGGUCCGAGAGCUGGAUCCAGACUCAACGAGAAGAUUAGAGCGGCACGGUCGUAAUCAUCUCGAGAGAGAGAGAGAGAGACGAUGCAGAGCGGCUGUGCCCAAUUCAGGGGCCUCCGCAGCUGGCUCCUGCUCCUCCUGGCACUCGGCGCUUCCCUGCGACCCCGCGUCGCGUGGGGUCAGGAGGACGAUGAGGUGAUCAUCAACAGGGACGAGGUGGGCAGUCCCACGGCCGACGGGAAGGGGCAGCCCGAGAUCCCAGAGGGGGCAUCGACGCUCGCGUUCGUCUUCGACGUCACCGGCUCCAUGUACGACGACCUGGUGCAGGUGAUUGAGGGGGCCUCCAAGAUACUGGAGACGUCUCUCAACCGGCCCAAGAAGACCCUGUACAACUUCGCUCUCAUUCCCUUUCACGACCCCGAAAUCGGCCCCGUGACCAUCACCACGGACCCGGACAAAUUCCAGCGGGAGCUCAGGGACCUUUACGUCCAGGGUGGGGGGGACUGCCCCGAGAUGAGCAUCGGUGCCAUCAAGAUUGCCGUGGAGAUCUCCCUGCCGGGCUCCUUCAUCUACGUCUUCACUGACGCCCGGUCCAAGGACUACAAGCUGGCGCCCGAGGUGCUGCAGCUCAUCCAGCAGAAGCAGUCUCAGGUGGUGUUCGUCCUGACGGGCGACUGCGGAGACCGUAGCCACAUCGGCUACAAGGCCUACGAGGAGAUCGCCUCCACCAGCUCGGGCCAGGUCUUCCACCUCGACAAGAAGCAAGUGAACGAGGUUUUGAAAUGGGUCGAGGAGGCUGUGCAAGCUUCCAAGGUGCACAUUCUGUCCACGGACCACGAGUCAAGCGACCAGAACACGUGGCAGAUCCCGUUUGAUCCGAGCCUCAAGGAGGUCACAGUCUCCCUCAGCGGCCUGUCUCCCUCCAUCGAGAUCCGGGACCCGUCAGGCAAGCUCAUGAAGAAGGGAGCCGGACUCACAGAACUGCUGCACAUUCCCAACUCAGCCAAGGUGGUGAAUAUCAAGGACCCUGCUCCUGGCCUCUGGACAAUCAAGAUUGGAAGCAAUGGAAGACACUCGCUCCGAAUGACAGGGCUCAGCACCAUUGACUUCCGUGCCGGAUUUUCCAAGAAACCGACGAUGGACUUCAAGUCGACCUCGAAUCGCCCCGUACAAGGCAUCCCCACGUUCGUGCUGCUCAACACGACGGGCCUGGAGCCGCACGCGCGCGUCGACCGCCUGGAGCUGCUGAGCACGGCGGGCCGGAGCCUCAAGACGCUGCCCGUGCGCUACCACCCGCUCCGGCGGCCCUUCAACAUCUGGAACGUCACCGAGUUCGUGCCGCCCGCCGAGAGCUUCUUCCUGCGCGUCACGGGAUACGACCGCGACGGCUACCGCUUCCAGCGCGUGUCGGGCGUCUCCUACUCGAGCAUCGUGCCCGAGGCCCCGAAGGUGAGCAUGCCCGUGCGCACGCCCGGCUACUACCUGCAGACGGGGUACAUCCCCUGCACCGUGGACAGCCUCAUCCCCUUCACCCUGCGCUUCAGCAAGGACGGCGUGCGCCUCGGAGUCGACCAGUUCUUCAAGGAGACGGCGGAGGCCACGUGGGAGCUGCCUCGGGUGUCGGGAGUGGACGAGGGGUUCUACGAGUGCGUGGCCGUCAGCGCCACGGGCACGGGGCGUGCGCGCACCUACCUCGACGUCACAGAGCCUCCGCCCACGAUCCGCGCGCCGCUCAACGUGACGGUGGUGCCGGGCGAGCACGCCGUGCUCACGUGCCUCGUGCUCAGCACGGUGCCCUACAACCUGACGUGGGCGCGCGGCGGCGGCGACGCGGCCGCCGAGCCGCGCGUGCGCGUGCUGGCGAACCAGUCGCUGGAGGUGCGCGCGGUGCAGCUGGCGGACGGCGGGGCCUACGAGUGCGUGGCGGCCAACGAGGGCGGCGUCGCCAGCGCGUCAGCGUGGCUCGUCGUGCAGGAGCCUCCGCGGGCGGUGGUGUCGCCCCUCAACCAGACGUUUCGCGCCGGUGGCGAAGUGCACAUCGGCUGCACGGCAUCGGGCUACCCGGCUCCGCUGAUCGUGUGGACUCACAAUGAGAUGUUCAUCAUGAACACGGGCAGGCACAUGGUGGACCAGGAGGGCUCCCUGACAAUCAGAGACACGGUGCGGCGCGACGCCGGCACGUACGGCUGUCUGGCCAGCAACGCCGCGGGCACCGACAAGCGGACGUCCCUGCUCAUCUACAUUGAGGCCCCCAAGAUCACGGUUCCUCGUGAAGAGAUCCUGAUUGCCAAUGGAGACACGUCUGUGCUGGAAUGCCAGGCCACUGGUGUGCCUGAGCCUGUUGUCAAGUGGUACAAAGGAGACCUGGAGCUGAAGAGCAUGCCGUUCCUGGAGAUUGACACGCGGCGUGGCACGCUCACCAUCCAGGGCACGCAGGAGCCCGACGCCGGCGACUACACCUGCGAGGCGACCAACGAGGCCGGUGAUGCCCGGGCCACGGUCUCCCUGGACGUUGGAUCUGGGCCGGUGUUCUCCCAGGCUCCGUCGGACACCACCGUGGAGAUCGGGCUCAAUGUGACGCUGCCGUGCCUGGCGUUCGGCUACCCGGAGCCGCGCGUCACGUGGCACCGAGCGGACGGUCGCAGCCUGACGUCACGUGACCCGUGGGUGCCGGGCGCCACCUCCCAGCUGCAGGACGGCAGCCUCUACAUUGCGGGUGCCUGGGUGGACGACGAAGGUCUGUACGUGUGCGAGGUGGAGAAUCAGUUCGGAAAACUUGAGGCUCAAGCUUACCUCACCAUCACGGGCAUGGUGUCUCCCGUGAUUGCCGUGAGCCCGCCGGUGGUGAACGUGCUGGAAGGGCAGCUGCUCACCCUGCCCUGCGUCUUCCUCUCCGGAAACCCGCUGCCCAAGCGCACGUGGUUCAAAAAUGGAAACGUGUACGCCCCGGAGAAGGUGCGGGCCGACGGGAGCGUGCACGUGGAGGGCACGAGCCUCGGGGACGCCGGCGAGUACGUGUGCAUGGCCACCAACGUGGCCGGCUCCUUCAACAAGUCCGUCGCCGUCAACGUGCACGUCAUGCCGAGUAUCCAGCCGGCGUCGCCCAUCGCGAGCACUGUGGAGGGCGUCUCCAUCACCCUGCCCUGCAAGGCCGAUGGAGUUCCCAAGCCGACCAUCAGCUGGACCAAGGGCAAGGACCCCAUUCCGCACAGCAGCAGGAGGCUCGUGACGGACGCGAGCGGCAGCCUCACCAUCGCGAGCCCCACGGGGGACGACGCGGCCACCUACGUGUGCACGGCCAGCAACGCGGCCGGCUCGGCCAGCCGAGAGGUGCAGCUAUCGGUCUACGUCAAGCCCAAGAUCAACGGGACGGGGCGGUCGGGGGUGCCCACGGAGAUUUCCGUGGUCGCUGGCGAGGACGUCACCCUGCCGUGCGAAGUGCACAGCGUGCCCCCUCCCAUCGUCACCUGGGCCAAGGACCGGCACCCCGUGUCGCUCGCCUCCGCCAGGCAUUCUCUGCUGCCCACUGGCUCCCUGAGGGUGCUGGAGACUCGCGUGACAGACAGUGGCACUUACAUGUGCGUGGCCACCAACAUUGCUGGUAACAUCACCCAGGCCAUCAAGCUCUCCGUCCUAGUGCCCCCCGCGAUCCAGCCGGGCCCGCGCAUCGUCAAGGUGCUGCUGGGGGAAACGGCGGAGCUGCCGUGCGUGGCGUACGGGGAGCCGGCGCCCGACAUCGCGUGGUUCCGUGGCGAGAGUCAGCUGGGCUCCGACGGCUCCGCCGCCACCAAGGGCCCCGAGGGGUCUCUGGCCAUCGCCGCCGCUCGCCUCGCCGAUGCCGGCACCUACACCUGCGUGGCCUCCAACUCAGCCGGCCGCGACCAGACAGAAAUCCGCCUGGAGGUCCAGGAGCCACCGGCCGUUGUCGACGUGGGACCCCCCUUCAAUGAUUUCUUCCAGGAGCGCGUGGCAAACCAGCGCAUCGCAUUCCCGUGCCCCGCCAAAGGAACCCCAAAGCCAGUGAUCCGUUGGUUCCGGAACGGCCGCGAGCUGACAGGCCGCGAGCCGGGGCUGUCCAUCGCGGAGGACGGCACGCUGCUCGUCAUCCCGUCCGUGACGCCAUUCGACGACGGGGAGUACACAUGCACGGCGAGCAACGAGGCCGGCACCACCGAGCGCAAGUACCAGCUCAAGGUCCACGUCCCUCCAAAAAUUGAAGAGAGCGAUUCGCGGGGGAACAUCUCGGUUGUGCUCAAGCAGCCAGUGGACCUGCAGUGUGAAGUCUCCGGACACCCGACGCCGGCCAUCACGUGGCUUAAAAACGGCCUGCAGGUGAUCGAGAGCAGCGACGUGCGCGUCGUGAACGGAGGCAAGACGCUGCGCCUGCUGCGUGCGCAGACGGACGACGAGGGCGCCUACGCCUGCAAGGCGUUCAACGUGGCCGGGGAGAGCGACAAGCACUUCCAGCUGCACGUGCUGGUGCCACCGAGCAUCCAGGGCUCCGGCGUCCCCCAGGACCUCAACGUGGUCUUAAACAACGGGAUCACACUGGAGUGCAAGACCAGCGGUGUACCCGCCCCGCUGAUACAGUGGUAUAAGGAUGGCAAGCUGUUGGGGGCGAACGACCUGAACCUGGAGCUGAGCAGGAAGGGCCAGCUGCUGCGGAUAAAGGCAGCUCGUCUGUCGGACCAGGGGCAGUUCACGUGUGCGGCAUCCAACCCCGCCGGCAAGCAGACCAGGGAGUUCAAGCUCUCCGUGUACGUUCCCCCGAGCAUCCGCGGCGCCGACGACGGCACGAGCGACGCGACGGUGCUGCUGGACGCGACGGCGCUGCUCGAGUGCGAGGCUCGCGGCGUGCCCCUGCCGGCCGUCACCUGGCUGCGGGACGGCCGCCCCCUUGGGCCCUCGGGGCCCGAGCACGCGUACGUGGAGCGCGGCCGCUUCCUCAGGAUCCCGCGGGCGCGAGUGGCGCACGCCGGGCGCUACACGUGCCGCGCCGUCAGCGCGGCGGGCAGCGCCGAGAAGAACUACGACCUGGACGUGCAUGUGCCACCGUCCAUUUCUGGCGAGGGCGACCGUCCCGAGAAGAAGAAGGUGGUGUUGGGUCGCCCGCUGGUGCUGGAGUGCGAGGCGGCCGGCCACCCCGCGCCCACCAUCGCGUGGCUCAAGGACGGCGUGGCCCUGCCGCCGGGCGGCGGGGACGGCGUGCUCAUCACCCUGGCAGGCCGCAGGCUGGAGGUGGCGAGCGCCGGGGAGGGCGACGGGGGCCGAUACGUGUGCGUCGCGAGCAGCGCCGCCGGACGGCAGGAGAGGCCUUACGACGUCGACGUGCUCGUGCCGCCCACGCUGACGGGAGGAGACGAGGGCGGCGAGAACAGCGUGGUCGUCGGCUCUCCGCUGGAGCUCGAGUGCCAGGCGAGCGGCACCCCCGAGCCCCGGAUCACGUGGCUGAAGGACGGGCGGCCCCUCAAGGAGGGCGAGGGAGCCCGCGCGUCGGCCGACGGACGCAGGCUCACGGUGCCGCGCGCCCAGGUGGCCGACACCGGCCGCUACGCCUGCGUGGCCUCCAACGAGGCCGGGGACGACCGCAGGGAGUUCGACGUCACCGUCAUGGUGCCGCCCACGAUCCGCGUGAUGGGGCCGAGCGAGCGAGCCGUCGUGCUGGGCAAGUCCAUCACCCUGCAGUGCGUGUCCAGCGGCAUCCCCACGCCACAGGUGUCCUGGCUCAAGGACGGCCGCCCCGUCGGAACGACGGCGGGGGCGAACGUCAAGGUGGAGGGUGGCGGGCGCAUGCUGCAGGUGAGCGGGGCCGCGCGCGAGGACGCCGGCCGCUACACCUGCGUGGCCACCAGCGCGGCCGGGGAGGCGCAGCAGGGGGUGCGCCUGCACGUUCACGAGCCUCCGAGCAUCGAGGGCAGCGGCGUGCGCCACAACACCACUGUGAUCGUGAACAACCCAGUGGAGAUGGAAUGCGUGGCGAGCGGCAGCCCCACUCCAGUGGUGUCGUGGCAGAAGGACGGGCGGGCCAUCGCCGGCGCCGGGCAGGGGACGCCCCCGCCAGGCGUGGCGCUGCUGUCCCGCGGCCGCGUGCUCCGUCUGGAGAGCGCCCAGGUGGCCGACACGGGCCGCUACACCUGCCUGGCCACCAACGUGGCGGGCCGAACCGAGCUCAUGCACAGCCUGCAGGUCCACGUUCCCCCGAGCAUCGCGGGAGGCACGGACACGGUGGCGGUGGUGGUGAACAACCCCGUGAGGGUGGAGUGCGAAGCCAGGGGCAUCCCCGCACCCACGCUCACCUGGCUCAAGGACGGGAGCCCCAUCUCCCCGCUCACCUCCAACGGCAUGCAGAUCCUGUCAGGAGGGAGGAUCCUGGCCUUGUCCAGUGCUCAGAUAUCGGACACCGGCCGCUACACAUGUGUGGCGAUCAAUGCUGCCGGAGAGGAACAGAGAGACAUCGAUCUGCGAAUCUACGUGCCGCCCAACAUCAUGGGCGAGGAGCAGAACGUGUCGGUGGUGCUGAACCAGCCGGUGCGCAUGGAGUGCCGCAGCAACGCCAUCCCGCCGCCCACGCUCACGUGGCUCAAGGACGGGCGGCCCCUGCUCAAGAAGCCCGGCCUCACCGUGUCCGAGGACGGCAGCACGGUGCAGAUCGACAGCGCGCAGGUGAUGGACACGGGGCGCUACACGUGCGAGGCAACCAACGUGGCCGGCAAGACGGAGAAGAACUACAACGUCAACGUGUGGGUCCCCCCGAGCGUGCGUGGCGCCGGGGAGCCCAGCCAGCUGAACGUCAUCGAGGGCAACAUGAUGAGCCUGGUGUGCGAGUCGACGGGCAUCCCUCCGCCCGCGCUCUCCUGGAGAAAGAAUGGUAAACCCCUGGAGGGUGACCAGGAGGGCCGUGUGAGGGUUCUGUCUGGAGGGCGGCUCCUCCAGAUCGGCAGCGCCAGGCCGUCGGACGCCGCCUCCUACACGUGCGUGGCCUCCAACGUGGCCGGCACCAGCAUGAGGGACUUCUCUCUCCAGGUGUACGUGCGCCCGAGCAUUCAGCAGAGCGGCGGGCGUCCCACGGAGGUGACGGUGUCGCGCGGGGGCGACGUGACCCUCGAGUGCCGCGUCGAGGGCCUGCCCCGUCCGGCCGUCAGCUGGCUCAAGGACGGCCGCCCCAUCCCGGCCGCUGCCCGCAGGGGCGGCGCGGGAACGGGGGCGGCGGCCGCGGCGAUGGCCAAGGAGGCGGCCGGGGGCCCCUUCGUUCUCAACGACGGCCGCACCCUGCAGAUCCAUGGCGCCCAGGUGGGCGACACGGGGCGCUACACCUGCAUCGCCGUCAAUGUGGCCGGACAGGCCGACCGCAAGUUCGACCUCAACGUGCACGUGCCACCAUCAAUCGGGGACGGCGAGGCGGAGAACGUGAGUGUGGUGCUGGGGAGCCCCGUGGCCAUGACGUGCGAGGUGUCGGGCAUCCCACCUCCGUCCAUCUCCUGGCUCUUCAACCGCAAGCCCAUUCCCCCGGGCAGCGACAUCAGGGUGCUCUCCGGCGGACGCAUGCUGCGGGUGAUGCACGCGCACGCUGGGCUGGCCGGGCGGUACACCUGCAUCGCGAGCAACAGCGCAGGGGAGGCCAGCAAAGACUUCGUGCUGGACGUGCUGCUUCCACCAACCAUCAAAGACAACGAAGUGGUGGAGGACGUGAAAGUCAAGAAAGGUCACAAGGUCACACUGACCUGCGAGGUAGAAGGUAACCCAACACCAACCGUGCGUUGGCUUAAGGAUGGACAGCCCCUGCUGGAGGGAGACGCGGAGGAGGACGGCGAGGGUGAGGAGAAGGAGGGACGACGCACGAUCGUCUCCAGAGGCCGCUUCCUGCAGAUCAUGGAUGCGCGUGUGGGCGACACCGGCCGCUACACGUGCGUGGCCUCCAACGAGGCCGGGGCCCGGACCAAGAACUACAACCUCAACGUCCUGGUGACGCCGACGAUCCCGGGAGCCGGGCCCGAUGCGGGGCCUCAGGACGUCACGGUGAUCCUCAACAGCCCCACGACCCUGGUGUGCGAGGCUCAGGCCUACCCGGCGCCCACGCUCACCUGGCUGAAGGACGGCUUGCCCGUGCAGGCCAACAGCAACGUGCGCAUACUACCCGGGGGGCGGACGCUGCAGAUUCUGAAUGCCGGCGCGGAGGACGCGGGCCGCUACACCUGUGUUGCCACCAACGAAGCCGGGGAGACUCUGAAGAACUACGAGGUCAAGGUCUACAUCCCGCCCUCCAUCAAUAAAGAUGACAACCCAGGGGUGGGUCUCAGCCCCAAGGAGAUCAAGCUCAAGGUGAACAACUCCCUGACGCUGGAGUGCGAGGCGACGGCGGUGCCGGUGGCCGUUCUGCGCUGGUACAAGGACGGCCAGCAAAUCAGCAGCGGCGAGCACCUGGAGAUCAUGGCCAGCGGUCGCAUCCUCAAGAUAAAGAACGCUCAGGUGUCGGACACGGGCCGCUACACCUGCGUGGCCACCAACCUGGCGGGCGAGGACGAGAAGGAGUUUGACGUCAACAUCCAGGUGCCUCCCGCGUUCCAGAAACCGGCGGGGUCCGGCCGUGGCGGAACGGACGCGGGGAGGCCCGACGGGAAGGACGUGGUCAUCAACAACCCCAUCUCCCUGUACUGCGAGACCAACGCGGUGCCGCCACCCAUGCUCACGUGGUACAAGGACGGCCGCCCCCUCUCCUCCAGCGACAGGGUCCUCAUCCUGCCAGGAGGCCGCGUUCUGCAGAUCCCACGGGCGCAGGUGGAGGACGCCGGCCGCUACACGUGCGUCGCCGUCAACGACGCGGGCGAGGACUCCCUCAGCUACGACGUGCGCGUGCUCGUGCCGCCGAGCGUGCGGGGCGGCGCCGGGGAGGCGCCCGAGGAGGUGGCGGUGACGGUGAACGCCACCGCCCGGCUAGAUUGCGCCGUCGACGGGAGCCCGGCGCCCUCCGUCUCGUGGCUCAAGGACGGGCGGCCGGUCUCCGCGGACGGCAGACACUCCUUGCUGUUCGGCGGCAAGACUCUUCAGAUUGAGCGUGCGCAGGUGAUGGACACGGGACGUUACACGUGCGUCGCUGAGAAUUCCGCCGGUCGGGCAGAGAAGCUGUUUAACCUCAACGUCCACGUGCCACCGGCGAUCGUGGGAACGAACCCGGAAAGCCUCCACGUGGUGGUGGACAACCCCAUAUCGCUCAUGUGCGAGGCCACGGGAUUUCCCCCGCCCACGCUCGGCUGGGUCAAGGACGGGAGGCCCCUGCAGCCAAGCAAGAGCCUCUUCAUUCUUCCCGGCGGUCGCAUCUUGCAGAUCCAGAGGGCGAAGCUGUCCGACGGCGGACGCUACACCUGUGUGGCCAUCAAUGCCGCGGGCCAGGCCAAGAAGCACGUGGUGCUCACCGUGUAUGUACCCCCCACAAUCCGCGACGGGGGCGGUGAGGCCCCCCUCGUGGUCAGCGUGCGAGCGGGAGGCUCCGUGUCGCUCGAGUGCGAGUCCAACGCCGUGCCGCCCCCCGUGGUCACGUGGUACAAGAACGGCCGCCCCCUGGCGGAGUCGGAGAAGGCCGUGCUGCGCGGGGAUGGAGGACACGUGCUGACACUCGUGGACGCGGAGGUGGCCGAUGCCGGGCAGUACGUGUGCAAGGCCACCAACGUGGCCGGGCAGGUGGACAAGGUCUUCCACCUCACCGUUCACGUGCCGCCGAGCAUCGAGGGCCCGCCGGAGGAAGACGCGAGCGAGAUCAUCGGCAACCCCGUGACGCUGGCGUGCGACGCCCUGGGCAUCCCGCCGCCGGCCAUCACGUGGCUGCACAACGGCCGUGCUUUAGAGAACGCGGCGUCGUUGGAGAUGCGCAUCUUGUCGGGCGGCAGCAAGCUGCAGAUCAUCCGCUCGCAGCUGUCGGACGCCGGGCGCUACACGUGCGUGGCUUCCAACGUGGAGGGGGAGGCACGCAAGACCUACCAGCUCACCAUACACGUGCCGCCCAGCAUCGAGGGCUCGGAGCUGUCGAGCGAGGUGGCGUCGGUGGUGAACGAGACGGUGUCGCUGGCGUGCAAAGCGAGCGGCACUCCGCCCCCCGCGCUGCACUGGCUGCGCGACGGCAAGCGCCUCGACGGAGUCGCGGUCUCUAAGGACAGCAGCGUGCUCACGCUGAGCGCCGUGCAGACAUCCGACGCCGGGAAGUACACGUGUGUCGCCACCAACGUGGCCGGGGAGGAGGACAAGAUCUUCAACCUCAACGUGUUCGUGCCGCCAUCUAUUGAAGGCGCGGGGCAGGUGGAGGAGCUGUCCGUGGUGCUGGACGGCUCGCUGAGCAUGGAGUGCGUGGCCGUGGGGGUUCCGCCGCCCCAGAUCACGUGGAUGAAAAACGGACUUCCCCUGCCGCUCUCCGCCCACGUGCGCCUCCUGUCUGGGGGGCAGACUCUCCGGAUCGUUCGAGCGCAAGUGGCGGACGCGGGGACGUUCUCCUGCGUGGCGUCGAACCGCGCCGGCGUGGCAGACAAGCACUACAACCUGGAGGUGCACGUUCCGCCGAGCCUGGACAACGCGGGCGGCACGGAGGAGCUGACGGUGGUGCGCGGCACGGCUGUGUCGGUGUCGUGCGAGGCGAGCGGCAGCCCCCCGCCGGCCGUCACGUGGCUCAAGGACGGCGAGCCGCUCUCGCUCGGCCCGCACGUCCGCCCGUCCGCGCAGGGCAUGAUCAUAACGUUCAGCAAGGCCCGGCUGGAGGACACGGGCCGCUACACGUGUGUCGUGAGCAACCAAGCGGGAGAGCUCAGCAAGCACUUCAACCUCAAAGUCCUCGACCCGCCGCGCAUCUUGGGCGAGGGCGAGGGCCCCCGGGAGCACUCGGUGGUGGCGGGCAAGUCUCUGGAACUGGAGUGCGUGGCGCAGGGGGUGCCGCCCCCCAAGCUCACGUGGCUGCGGGACGGGCGGCCCCUGCCCGCGGGCGACGGCGUUCGCGUGCUGCGGGGAGGACAGGUGCUGCGCAUCGCGAGCGCGCAGGUUGAGGACACGGGCAGGUACACCUGCCUGGCGUCCAGCGCGGCAGGGGACGAUGACCGAGAGUACCUGGUCAGGGUGCACGUUCCACCGAACAUCGCCGGCGCCGGCGGCCCCCAGGACCUCACGGUGCUGCUCAACGGGCAGCUGACCCUCGAGUGCAAGUCGGACGCCGUACCGCCCCCCACGCUCAGCUGGCUCAAGGACGGCAAUCCCCUGCAGGGCUCGGCGCGCCUGCGACUGCUCUCCGCCAGCCGCUACCUGCAGAUCAACAACGCGGAGCCGGGCGACGCGGCGCGCUACACCUGCGUGGCGAGCAACGUCGCCGGCAACACCCAGCGCCAGUUCAACGUGGCCGUGCACGUGGUGCCGAGCAUCCGGGAGGGGCCGGGCGCGGUGACGGUGCUGGCGGAGAGCGACGCGCUGCUCGAGUGCGUCGCGAGCGGAACGCCGGCGCCACGCGUCACCUGGAGGAAGGACGGAGCCGUGCUGUCCCCGGGCAACUCCAGGUACGUGUUCCUGGAGGAUGGCUCCCUGCGCGUCCUGGCGAGCAAGGUCUCGGACACGGGACGCUACCUGUGCCUCGCCACCAGCCCGGCUGGCUCCGAGAGGCGGCGCGUGGACCUGCAGGUUCACUUGCGGCCGUCCAUCGCGGCCGGCCCCACCAACGUCACGGUGGUGGUGAACGUGCAGACGACGCUCGCGUGCGAGGCCUCGGGCAUCCCCAAGCCCGAGGUCACGUGGCUCAAGAACGGGCGGCCCCUCAACACGGACUCCAACCAGAACAUGUACAGGGUGCUGUCGUCAGGCUCCCUGGUGAUCAUCUCGCCGUCCGUGGAGGACACGGGCCGCUACCGCUGCUCGGCUCAGAACGAGGCCGGAGCCGACGAGAGGGAGAUGGACCUGACGGUGCAGGUGCCGCCCUCCAUCGCGGACGAGGCCGCCGAGCUCGUGGUGACCAAGCUGUCGCCGGCGCUGCUCACGUGCCACGCGUCCGGCGUCCCCGAGCCCACGCUGCACUGGAGCAAGGACGGCGUGCGGCUGCCGCUGCGCGGGGAGGGCUACAGCGUUCUGCCGACCGGCACGGUUGAGAUCACCGCGGCGCUGUUGCACCACGCCGGCAAGUACGUGUGCCACGUGAGCAACGCAGCCGGCUCCGCCAAGAGGCACGUCAGCCUCGUGGUGCACGAGGCUCCGGUCAUCAAGGCCCCGCCGUCCCAGAUGGAGGUGAUUGUCAACUACCCCAUCACCCUGCCGUGCGAGGCCAGAGGGACGCCUCAGCCAACCAUCACCUGGCAGCGAGAGGGCAUCAACGUGAUCACGAGCGGAGAGGGCUUCACGGUGCUGCCCAGCGGAGGGCUGCAGAUCGCCCGGGCGGCGGUGGAGGACGGAGGCACCUACAUGUGUGUGGCGCAGAACCUGGCCGGCACCGCCUUGGGCAAGGUGAAGCUCCGCGUGCAAGUGCCGCCCUCCAUCCUGCCCCACGCUGCCGAGCUGGUGGUGAUGGCCGACCGGACGGUCACGCUGCCCUGCAACGCCGAGGGCUCCCCGACCCCCGUCAUCUCCUGGCUCAAGGACGGGCGGCCUUUGGGAGUCGAGGCCCCUUCGUCUCCCGCCACCGCCGCCGCCGCUGCUGCCGGCGGGGAGGGCGGCGCGGCCGUGCGGAGGCGCGUGCUCGCCUCGGGCGCGCUGCAGAUCGCCUUCGCGCGUCGCAGCGAUGCCGCCCGCUACACCUGCACGGCCGCUAACGCGGCCGGCUCGGCGAGCUCCCACACCAAGCUCGUGGUGCACGUGCCCCCGAGUGUCCGUGAGGGUGCGGCCCAGCUCACCGUGCUGGAGCAUGGGAGGCUGGAGCUGACGUGCGCCGUGGACGGCCUCCCCGAGCCCACGGUGUCGUGGGAGAGGGAGGGCCGAGCGCUGCACGAUACGCCCGGAAAGUACGCGCUGCUGCAGGGAGGCACGCUCGCUCUGGAGAAGGCGACGCCGGCGGACGCGGGCGACUACACGUGCGUGGCGGUGAACGCGGUGGGCAGGGACUCGCGCGCGACGCUCGUGAGCGUGCACGUGCCACCCGCGUUCACCGAGCUGCCCGGCGAUGUCUCCCUCAACAAGGGGGAGCGCCUCGUGCUGGGCUGCACGGCCACGGGCAUCCCCACCCCCAGCAUCACGUGGUCCUUCAACAACAACAUCCUGCCGGUGACGCCCUCGAACGCGAACGGGCGCAGCGAGCUGGUGGUCGACGGCGUCUCCAAGUCGGACGGCGGCACGUACACCUGCACGGCCACGAGCGCCGUGGGCUCCGUGAGGGCGCUGGGCUCCGUCUACGUCAAAGAGCCUCCCAUCUUCGACGGGGACGUGAUCACCAAUCGCAUCGAACCCCUGGGCGGGAACGCGAUCCUGAACUGCGAGGUGCGGGGAGACCCGGCACCGGUCAUCCGCUGGAACAAGCAGGGCGUGCCCGUCACGGUGGGCAACCGCGUGCGCCAGCUCAGCAACGGCUCGCUCGCCAUCUACGGCACGGUGAACGAGGAUGCUGGCGACUACAAAUGCGUGGCGACCAACGACGCUGGAGUCGUGCAGAAAAUGGUCACCCUGACGCUGCAAAGAGCUCCCACCUUCUCGGUGGAGCCGACGGACACCGUGGUGGACGCGGGCAGCGUGGCGGCGCUGCGCUGCUCGGCCGACGGGGAGCCCCCCCCGGCGGUCGAGUGGACGCGACGCGGGGGGCGGCCGCUGCGCCUCGACGGGCGCGUGACAGCGGCGCCCGACGGGUCCCUGCGGCUGGCGCCGGCGCGCAAGGACGACACGGACGAGUACGAGUGCGUGGCGCGCAACCUCCUGGGCUCCGCGCUCGUGCGCGCAACUCUCACCGUGCAAGUUCACGGCGGCUUCUCCGAGUGGCUCGAGUGGGGCCCCUGCAGCACAUCGUGCGGCCAGGGACUGCAGGAGAGGGUGCGCGUCUGCAACAGCCCCAUCCCGGCCAACGGGGGGCGGCCGUGUGCCGGCGCCGCCUCCGACAGCCGCCCCUGUGCCAGCCGACCCUGUCCAGUGGACGGCGGCUGGUCGGACUGGAGCCCCUGGGAGGAGUGCUCGCGCUCCUGCGGCCAGGGGAACCGCACGCGCACGCGGACGUGCGGCAACCCGCCGGCCCAGCAUGGCGGCCGGGCCUGCGAGGGCCGCCCCCUCGAGCGCAUCCUGUGCAACGCGCGGCCUUGCCCCGUGGCUGGGAACUGGGGAGCCUGGCAGCCGUGGGGGGUGUGCAGCGCCGCGUGCGGCGAGGGCACCCAGACGCGCCUGCGGCUCUGCAACGAGCCCCCUCCGGCGUACGACGGGCCCAGCUGCCCGGGCGCUGACACCCAGACGCAGGUCUGCAGUGCCCGCAAGUGUCCAGUCGACGGGAAGUGGUCCGUGUGGAGCGGCUGGGGCCCCUGCUCGGUGUCGUGCGGGGGCGGCUCCCGGCAGCGCUCGCGCUCCUGCUCCGAGCCGCCGCCCCAGCACGGCGGUCACCCGUGCGAGGGCAGCGACAUCCACGUCGACUUCUGCAACAGCGAGCCCUGCCCCGUUCACGGCAACUGGGCCCCGUGGAGCGGCUGGGGCCCGUGCAGCCGCUCGUGCAACGGAGGCCAGGCGCGACGCCACCGCACGUGCGACAACCCGAGGCCCGCCAGCGGGGGCCGCGCGUGCGUGGGCUCCGACUCGCAGAUGCAGCAGUGCCACGGCGAGCCGUGCGCCGUGGACGGGGGCUGGGGGCCCUGGCAAGCGUGGGCCCCGUGCUCGGCAUCGUGCGGCGGCGGCGGCGAGCAGGAGCGCGUGCGGCGCUGCGAAAGCCCGCCGCCGACCCACGGAGGGAGGGCCUGCCAGGGCGACGGCAGCCAGGUAGCCAAGUGCAACAGCCAGCCGUGCCCCGGCGGCCCGCAGCGCGCGCGCGGCUCCGUGGUGGGCACCCUCAACGACGUGGAGCUGGGCAUGGCGCUGAUGCACGUGAACAUGAGCGACGGCGGGCAGGGCGCGCGCGUCAUCGACGGCCACAUCGGCAACGUCCCGCGGGCCGUCGGGCCGGCGAUGCGCAAGCUCGUGUCCAUCCUGUCCCCCGUGUACUGGGCGACGGCGCACGAGGUGGGCGGCGCCGUCAACGGCUACACGCUCACCAACGGCCUCUUCCGCCGGGAGACGCAGGUCGAGUUCGCCACGGGCGAGGUGGUGAAGAUGUCGCACGUGGCGCGCGGCGUCGACUCGGAGGGCGUGCUGCUGCUCGACGUGGUGCUCAGCGGCUACCUGCCGUCCGUCGCCGCCUCCGCCGACGUCGCCCUCAAGGAUUACAACGAGGACUACAUCCAGACGGGGCCGGGCCUGCUGUACGCCCACUCGACACGCCUCUACACGGUGGACGGCACCACCAUCCCCUACUCGUGGAACCACACGGUGCUCUAUGACGGCGCCCUUGGCAAGAUGCCCUUCCUGGUGGAGACGCUGCACGUGACGGACGCCGGCGCCCGCUACGACCCGCGCAGCGAGCGCCUCUCCUACGCGCUGCACGCGCACAUCGCCAAGGGGGAGCGGAGUAACCAGUGUCCUCAGGGCUUCUCGCUGGACACAACGGGACCGUACUGUGCUGACGAGGACGAGUGCGCGGGGAGCAACCCAUGCUCGCACACGUGCCACAACACCGUGGGCACCUACUACUGCUCCUGCCCGCGAGGCCUCACCAUCUCGGCCGAUGGCCGGACCUGCCAAGACAUUGACGAGUGCACCCUGGGCGGCCACAACUGCCCCGCCAGCCAGGAGUGCGAGAACCUCAUGGCCUCCUUCCGCUGCGUCGUUCGCUGCGGGGUCGGCUUCCGCCGCACUCACGACGGCGCCAGCUGCCAGGACAUCAACGAAUGCAAGGAGACCCACCCGUCGCCCUGCAACCAGAAGUGCGUCAACCUCAUCGGCAGCUACCGCUGCGCGUGCGAGCCGGGCUUCCAGCUACGCGGCCGCCGAUGCUAUGACAUCAACGAGUGCCUGCAGCACGCGUGCCGCGCGGACCAGCAGUGCCGCAACACGCGCGGCGGCUAUAAAUGCAUCGACCUGUGCCCCAACGGCAUGACCAAGGCGGAGAACGGCACGUGCGUCGACGUUGACGAGUGCCAGGAAGGCACCCACCAGUGCCGCUACAACCAAAUCUGCGAGAACACGCGGGGGAGCUACCGCUGCACGUGCCCUCGGGGCUACCGCUCGCAGGGCGUGGGCAAGCCCUGCCUGGACAUUGACGAGUGCGGAUCGUUCCCCCGGCCGUGCGCGUACCGCUGCGUCAACACGCCCGGCAGCUUCGAGUGUCUCUGCUCGCCCGGCCAACGCUUGCUGGGCGACGGGAAGUCGUGCGCUGGUCUAGAGCGAUUGCCAAAUAACGACGACGGCGGCGGCGGCGGUGUUCGCCGUCCCUUUCCCCGGGGCCACGCGUUGGGCGGACCGGGCCCCGCCGCUGGCGUUUGGAGCGGAGAUUCAGCCACGGGCGACUUCACCUUCGUUAGGCAGAGCGCUCGCGCGCGUUACCGUGGCACCGGCGGCCGUGCCGCCGCGGCGACGGCGGCUAGGAUUCGGAGCCGUAGGGCCACCGCGUGCCUCCCUGGGUAUCGCCCGUUUGGCGGAGAGUGCGUAGAUGUGGACGAGUGUCAGAACAAGGAGCAGUGCCAGCACGAGUGCCGUAACUCCCCCGGGAGCUACCAAUGCGUCUGUCCCGGUGGAUACCGCGUCGCCCCCAACGGCAAGACCUGCCAGGACAUUGACGAGUGUCUGGAGCAGAACGUACAGUGCGGACCCAACCGGAUGUGCUUCAACAUGCGCGGCAGCUACAAGUGCAUCGACACGCCGUGCCCGCCCAACUACAAACGCGAGUCGCGCUCAGGGUUCUGCCUCAAGAGCUGCCCCCCGAACGACGUGGAGUGCCUGCUGAGCCCGCUGGCGCUUGAGUACAAGCUGGUGGCGCUGCCCUUCGGCAUCCCCUCCAACCAGGACCUCGUGCGUCUUGUCGCCUACACGCAGGACGACGUGAUGCACCCCAGGACGCGCUUCUUUGUGGUCGACCCGGACCCCAGCGUUCCGUUUGCGAUCCGCGACGAGGGCGGCAAGGGCGUGGUGUUCACGAUCCGCGCGCUGCGCGAGGCACACACCUACAGCAUGAAGGUGCGCGCCCUCUCCUACGCGGAGGACGGCUCCGUCGAGUACCAGACCACCUUCAUCGUCUACAUCUCCGUCUCCGCCUACCCCUACUAGGACCUGGCUUGUGCUCCGUGUCCCCACGCUCCCGAACGCCGUCACCGCCGCCACCACCACAACCGGGAGUUAGGACAUCCUUUUGGCGACAAGGGCCGUCUUGCGGUCCGGCGUCACAAAGUGAAAAAACGAUCGCAGGUUCUUUUGUGGCUUUAUUUUUGUUUUUUAAACGGUAUGAUAGCCUAGGAGCAUUUCCUUGAACGAUGUGGAUUAUGCAGCGUUCAGCAUGCAUUGUCGAACAUCCGGAGCAAAAAAAAAAAUAUUUACUGUAGAAAUCUGUUACAUAGCUUCAUUUUGGCUGUAGCCUCGCUCAAAAUGUUUCUUUGUGGACCGCAAACUGUGUUCGCCUUGUUGUACCAAAGAAUCGUUAUUAAGACACUAACCGCACAACGUGGGUUCACUGAAUGUCCCAGCUGAAAAAAAGGCCCACUGCAUUGCGAAUAGUUAAUCUACUCGCGUGGGAGGAGCAGUCGUUUAAUAAAUCGGCAUCAUCGCACUGCCAUCGACAAUCUGCCGGUGACACCGUGAAGCCAUCGCUCGGUCUGGCCGGAUGCCGCGAGCGACGUCACCAGGUUGGCAAAGUGGCGGGGGUAGGAUGUGAGGUCAAAGGCAAUUAGGUCACAAGGUGCAGCCCCACAAUUGGUUUGCCCGUGCCACUGCUUGCGGAGAGGCCUCCACGAGAGGGAGCUCUGGAGGGGAUAUUUAGAUGCCGAGUUACGUGGUGUACGUACGUUGAACUUCUUUCGCAACCGCACGUAGCCAGCCGUGCUAAUCGGAAGUGCGGGAGAAGGACGACAAACUAAACACGAAAAAAGCGACGGUAAAGAAAGGAGUUUUCAAUCUAAAUUAUUUUAAACUGCAUAGGCUCCAGUGGUUUCGUAAUAUCGGAAGGAAGAGCGUUCCAGACGGCCGCAGAAGCACGUCUGAAAGCGCGCGACGCGGUGACCGUCUUUGUUCGACGGUGAGCCAAAAAAGCCGCCGCUGCUGCGGCGAUGAGCGGAUCGUAAUGAAAACGAUUCGGCAUCUCGUGAGUUGGGGGCGGUUGUGGGGUGCAAGGGACUCGGGGGCUCCUCGGGUUGCAGUCGCCGCUGGGGAGGUGCCGUUUAUUGCCAGAAGUAAAAACUCCUCCAGCCCGUGCCGAUGUGUCUGGGAGGCUAUUCACGGAUCCUCCAAUCUGCCGCGAUACGCCGCAAAGCUUUCGGCGUGGUUAAAAACUCCUCUCCUCCGCGAAUUUACAGUCACAAUUGUUGUUUUUUUACAGUUAGAAGAGGAGUUGUUGGCCGCACGGCGAUUUUUUUCGCGAAUUUUUGUGGUUCUCGUUGAUUGUGGUGGCGGGGGUCGGGGGUCGGCGGCCACCUCGAAUUGUAGGAUUCGCGGAAAAGAGGAGCGCUGAGUUUUACCGUCAUCGAUAUUCGAAGUGCACUUGAAAAACGUCGGUGCCACGUUGAAACACGUACUUUUGAAUGACAAAGUACAGUACGUGUUGUCACCACGCCACGUGCUGACGCUGCCGCGUUGGCAAUGGAUCACAAACACUGAACAAAGCCCAACACAUUCGCCGAUAACGCCGUGGCCUUCAAAGGAAAAGUAUCUAGAGUACAGUCAUAGGUGUAUGUUUGUGCUAGAUCAUUGCCCAAAACGUCACCUAUGAGGUAUAAUUUUCCUUUUAACGCCGCCACAGUGCGAUUGACAAACGUGUUUGUGUUAAAAAAAAAAUCUGUAAGUAAGUUAAUUGGCCUUCCAGUUGGUUAUCCAUGGGGACUUUGCGAAGUCGAAUGUUUUGCCCCCUCAAACCCCACACAGUCUGCCACGCGUGGGGCGCUGCCUCUGGUUCAGAUAUCGCCGUGGCUCGGAGCGCUCGAUGCACCUCGUGAGAGAGGUGGCUCUCCUGCAGCCAGACCAGGGCCCCACUGUGGAAUUUGGAAGUUUCCACCGCUGGUGGCCGCUUGCACGCCUCAUUUGGGGAGACGGGUGUGAGAAUGUUGAAAUUGGUCUUCAGUUUGGCUUCACAACCACAUCGUCCAUCGGCUUGGGAGGGUGGCAAUUACCAAUGAGUAAAAACAAACGUCUGUGAUACAACACAAAACUUUCGAGGGACUGAGAGGAGUCGCGUGACUAAAAACCCCUCAACGAAUUUAAUAAUAAUAAUAACAACGCAUUUUUGUUAAUUCAAUUAUUUAUCUGCUGGACGUACACACCACGGAAUUUGGAUUUCGUUUGACAACCGAGACACCUUCCCUGGUGGCAUCGACUGCAUUCCAAGGUCACACUUUGAGCGUUUUCAGCUGGGACUGGAUGAGAGCCGUGCAUAAGCUUAAAUGAAUGAAGAAAGUGAAUAAGUGAAUAUGAUGUUUUGUGUUUUGCCUUAAAAUAAUACAUGAUUUUUAAAAAUCAGGUUUCUAAGGUGCUUUUGGGCCUUACCACUAUUUGGUGGGGUGUGCUGACAAUCAAUGGUAUUGGGCCAUGGUGGCAUCUCUUGACUAAAAGUGACCGACCUCCUGUGAUGAGUAAACAACAAGAAAAAUCCAAUGUAUUUACUUCAUUGGCAAAUUAUGCUUCAUCACACAACUUCAGCACCGAAUCAGGGAAUGACUGGGUUUAGUGGGGGAGGACAGCCUUCGAAUAUUUAUCGGAACAAUGAAUGAUACCAGCUGAGGAGAUUAAACAGAUGUCAACAAUGUAACAUUUGAAUGGCCACACAGUGCACCAACGCACGCACAGGGCUGCCCAGUGGCGUAGGAGGAGAGACGGGGGGAGGGACGGGGGGGGGGCAUUAUGUUCUGAGCCUCAUAGAAAAGAGGGCCUAGCAACAAGACCGCUGACCCGCCCAUACUGGACGUCUGUGAUAAAGAGCUUUAUAGCUCAUCGGAUUCCUCCAGUCUAAAUAAAGAUGCUGAUGAUUCUCACUGGACAGUGGAAUAUGGGCCCCCCCUCCCCCCACGUGGCAUUCUGCCCCGGGUCUCCAUAAACCUCUGGGCGUCCCUGCGACAAUCCCCAAAUACUCUGCCAUAAACUUGAACCAUAUUCGGUUGCGCUGCACAAAGUCCCCGCGUGCUAAGUGAAGGGUUCGUGUUGUGGAACGAGAUUACAUCGGCACUCGAACGCGUUCCUCCCUUCUUCAUAUCUCAUAGUGUCCAUCGAAGGGAGGAAUGGGCAGCGUGGAUGGUGCAUUGGUAGGCAAGGCGAAACAGGCUCGUGUUUUGGGAGGUGUGUGUGUGCCUGUGUUAAUACGAUGUCCACACACAGCAUGCAGUAUUUUUUUAAACAUAUUUAUUCGGAGGUGGCAUCGGUAUGUAUCUGUGUUGACGUAUGCGUGGAAAUAUAAUAUCGCAAACACAAUGCAUUCGAUAAAAGCUUUUUUUUACGUUGAUUUUAAACUAGUUGUUUUUGCGUGUUUACUUAUUAAAACGUUUUAAGGCUUUAAGCACUUCACCAAGGUGAGAAUUAUCAAAAUUGGAUUAUGGGUAUAUUAUACAAUAUCUUGGCCAAUUGACAUCAGUGGUAGUACUAACUUACAUUCACAACGGUUAGUUUCACCGUAAAUUAAAGACUUAAAUGACACCACGACCUUUGAACUAAUUUACCGAGCUUCAUAUCUCAUAGCGUCCAUUGUUCAGGCGGUAUUUACGCUACACAAAUCUUGUUACUUUGGUUGCAUCGAGACGAAGGCAAAAGUCUGGAAAUACCACAGUAGCCCGGUAGUUAAAGAGGAAAGCAUUGGGUUACUCUGCUUAAUUGGGAUAAGCCAUGGUUUAUUUUCUUUACGGGCGAAAAUCCUAUGGUACGUAAUGUUAUGACGGUCAAUUUGAGUCCACUCUUACCCGAAACUAUGACAAUCAUGAUGGCUGUUUCUUUAGUGGCAGAGAUAAACAAUUGCAGAAAGGAUGGCGAUUGAAAAGUGUGUGUGUGUGUGUAUAAUGGUGCCAAAUGCCAGAUUAUAGCCAGUGCUCAACACCUCACUUGGAUUUGAAAUAUACACAUCUGUGAAAUGGUCAACCUCUAUGAAUUGUUGUAACCACCAGUUAGUUACUGUGACUCGGUGCAGGAAUUAAAAAUGAUGUUGGUGCAGUUUGUUUGAAAUUUAUGAAAUUGUUAUAAAAAAUAUUGAUUUCUCGCUGAAUCACAAUGAGCAAUGAUUUGUGUUUCAAACAUCUGUGAUUGUAUUUCUGAUUUAUAGCUAAAACGCAUUGUAGCCAUUAUCUAGUAAUUACAUCAACUUUGAUGGAAAUCAGGUGCUUACAUUCUUAUUUGGAAAAAGUAUCAGCAUUUUUUAGUUCGAGAUCUCAUUUUAUAAAUAAAAUAUAAACUUCUAAACUAAUUAUUUUAAAUCAUGUUGCACAGUGUGAUUCUGUUGAACCACCAGGAUAUGUGAACUUGGUUUCCCUACAACACAGUUCAUAAACUCCGUACUCCCAAUUCACUGAUGCCGUUAGAUCUGAUAACGUAUAGAUCCUGAUUGUUUGCAAAAUUGUGAAUUUAAAAAAUUGCCAAAGUGAAGCGACAUAUGGUAUUAAUCCCAUUGCUGUCGUGUGUCAGACCCAGCGAGCGGUUUGCCAACCCGUGGGCCCAUAGGGCCCACCUGGCGGUCCCCGAAGGUCCCGUGGGGGAAAGCGGUUCGCGGAACUGUGUCGCAGAAACUACACCGUUGAUUGUGAAUUUCGUUUUCUUUUUGAAAGACUCCGUUGGCGGCGCACGGUCGGGUGGCCCACGGGACGUGACGGGUGGUGGUGGCCCCCGCAAAUCCGGAGGGAGGUUUACGAAAUCGCUGUUGUUUAGAUAUACUGCAAAUGUGUUAUUGACCCUUUUUUUGCUUUGCAAUUUCAAGAUUUAAGUACAGAGAUGUAUUCUAUUUUUAUGAUAUGUAAAUACGAAUUUGUACCAGUGUAUUUUCUACAUGUUUACAUUACACGUAUAUUCUGUAAUGUUACCGCUAUGCAAUUCCGUACAGCCUCGGUAACGUUUUAUAAAAUAAAGUUAUGCAAAAUAUGAAGAAAAAAAUUAAAGCCAAAAAAAGUACAAAAAUAAAA